UAGUCCGUUCCAGAUAUUGCAGGAAAAUGCGCGUUAUAGUCACAGGAGCCUCUGGUGUCCUCGGCGCAGCGGUCUACAACGCUUUCAAGGCGUCCCCCAAGAAUGAAGUGCUUGGUCUCGCACAUUCACGCCCACGAGAUGGGUUGAAGGUGCUCGACUUGCUUGAAGGAGAGCAGGUGGAGAAAGUCUUCGCGGAAUUCAAACCCGACUGGGUCAUCCAUUGUGCUGCAGAGAGAAGACCUGACGUCGCUGAGAAGAACCCCGAAGGAGCCCAGAAGCUGAACGCCGAUGUACCUGCAAACCUUGCAGCACUGGCGAAGUCUCUCAAAUUUACCCUCGUAUACAUCUCUACCGACUACGUCUAUGAUGGCACCCAUCCACCCUACCCACCAUCUGCGCCCACAAACCCCCUGAAUCUCUACGGCCGUACAAAACGUGAUGGCGAGUUUGCUGUUCUUGGCGUUACCGGUGCGAAGACGAUUGUCCUACGAGUCCCUGUUCUCUACGGCCCUGCACCCAACAACAGUGACACAGCGGUGAACAUUCUCAUCGACAUCGUCUCCGACCAAAGUGGCAAGACGUACAAGAUGGACCACUACGCUACGCGCUAUCCGACAAACGUCCUGGACAUCGCAGACUUCCUUGUCCGCCUCACCUCCCUGCCGCCGACGAAAGCGAUACCGCCAAUCCUACAUUAUUCGGCCGAGGAACCCUUCACGAAGUACGAAAUGUGCCUGGUCUUCGCCAAGAUCUUGGGUCUGCCGCACGGGCACAUUGUUCCUGAUGCAGAGCCAUACACCGGUGAGGCAGCAACGACUAGGCCGCGCGACUGUCGUCUGUACACGCACGAGACCG